AUGCUCACGUCAACCUACAUCGCCGCUUGGGCCCUUGCUCUCGCGACUCUAGCCUUCGCUGAAGAGCCGGCUAUCGUUGCUCGAGCCCCACAAGCAGAACCCACUUCCGUCGUCCUCGGCACUGCCUCUGGAGGUGCACUCGAUCCUCUAGCCACCAGGCCGCCUAACGUCGGACCCAGACCCGCGUUCGCAGGUGGAUCAGAUCUCACCAUCAACGUCGUCAACUCCUUCGGCGCCCCCCUUUCCAUCUUCUAUGGCUCCAAUGCAGGAGCACCAACGCCAGUCGGCAAUCCUGGAUCUGGUGUGCUCACCUCUUCAACCCGGGUGCUCUUCCCAUCCAAUUGGGCCGGCCGCAUCACCAUUGGCAAGACCUACGACCCCUUGGGCUCCAAAAUCGAAGCAAGCUAUUCUUCUCCCAGCUACGUCCCGGACGUGGAUAUUAGCUACGUUGAUGGCUUCUCUGUUCCCAUCUCUUGCUCCUGCUCAGGUGUCGCGGUAUCUGGUUGCAACAUUGCACUCUUCAACGACGGCCACACCUGCGCUAAGCAAGGCCCCGGCCCGAUUUGCUACAAUCCGGAACAAGGCGUUCCAAACGGACCUGCUGCCCCCUUUUUCGAACCUUGUGCAGGUGCAGCCUACACCUACCCUAACGAUAACGCUGCGAAUAGCUACGGGCAGUGUAACACUGGUGUCAUCGACUGUUGUGUGGGUCCUCAGUGCCCUGCUCCGUCACGCCAGCACGGCAAGCGGGAGCUGUCUGAUGUAGCUAAGAGGCACUUCUGGGGCCGUGGGAAGGUCGAAGCAUGA